UCAAUUCGUGAAUGCGGAGCCGCACAUGGCCACUACCUGAUUCUUGUGCUCUCUCUGUGGAUUUUUUCUCCAUUGUCUCACAAGCCCGAGAUCGUUCUGAAAAUUUGCCUCCGAAUGCCCCUAUGUAGGUCACAUAUGAAUCAGCGCGACGACGUGAUCCAACCUUCAUAUUUUACCCCAUUAUUUUCCGCCUCUUUUCUCCCUCUCCGAUAAUUCUAAUCGCAGUUACAUGCGUCUUGGAUGCUCUACAUGGCCAAGCGACAUGGAGCAGCAACGUAUACCCCCGGAAAUAUGGCAGGAGAUUUUCGUACGCUGUCUACCUGACUUUCGCGAAGUCGCCUAUUACCAUACCUCGGAUCUCGUCCCAUCUCCUCCAUCAACCUUCGACGCACCAUUGCUCCUCCUAGUCGUGUGUAGAACUUGGCGCUACUGGGUCCUUCGCACGCCGCGGCUCUGGGCGCAUCUAUCCAUUAACGUCAGCUGGGGGAAGUCUUAUCCGCCUCUUCCUCAGGCACUUCUAUGGCUCGAACGUUCUAAAAACGUCCCCUUAACAUUUUCCCUCAGACAGAAUGGCGACUGGGUAGCAGACCAUGUCAUGACCAGCAAUCUUCUCCAAAAGUUUCUAUGUCAUAUACACAGAUGGCAGCAUGUAUCCCUCCAUCUCUGCUGCGCUCUCGCUCUCAGUACCCUAGCAAAACACAAUGUCGUCGUUCCCCGGAACCUACGCUCCAUGCACCUAACCCUGGUCGCACCCACCGAAGUCCUCGCCAUGACAGACGAAUUUUCCAGUGCUCUCAACUAUUUCACCUCUGCCCCAAACUUCUCUAGCCUCGUAAUCAGCGGAAUAAACGUAUUCCAAUGCUUAGAGGACUACCACCUCAUCCAGUGGGAGCAUCUCACCGAAAUAAAGCUCGACGACGUCAACUACGUCGACACGUGUCUGGCUCUCUUCUCGCUAUGCAAGAACCUCGUUCGCUGUACCAUGGGUGUCCUCGAGACCGCCUACCCACCAGCGUCCGAGUACCACAUACGUGCCCCGCCAGGACUAAUAACCCUACCCAACCUUACCUCUCUCAAACUCAACAUCAAUGACACGGACAUCUGCAGACUCUUCUCCCAGCUCCAGGUUCCUGAGCUCCACGAGCUAACCAUUUAUUCUUACGCCCAGACCUGGCCGCAAGCCGUAUUUUCUUCCUGGCUUGAACGCUCAAAAUGCGCACUGACAAGGGUUGAGUUCCGUGAUACACGGAUGCGACAGGAACAGUUCUUGCAGUGUUUGAGACUUGCCUCAUUUGCGACUGUGACGGAGCUGGUGUUGAACGAAGAGGGGUGGCUCCCGGAAGAUUGGUCGGGAUUCGUUUCAGGGGCUGUCAUUGAGGAGCUUACUGUGCGCGAAGACAGCAGGAAGUGUUUACUUCCGGAUUUGGAGACGCUGGAUUUAUCUGGAAGAUGUGUGGAGGAGGAUAGCGGAGCGGCGGUGAUUGAAAUGAUUGCAUCGCGGUGUCAUGCAGGCGCCCAUGGAGUAGCGCGGUUCAGAAAAUUUUCGUGGUCGAUGGUGCCCGAGUAUGAUUAUCUCGAAGCUGAGGAUCUGGGUAUCCUCGAGGCACUGAGGAGCCGUGGUUUGGAAGUCAACGUUUGCAGAGGUGGAGCCGCUCGGUGGUAUUAGACCGGUGUUUUGAGACGCCAGAGAAGAGUUGCUCUUAAUGUCGACUUCUGCUCUGGCAUUAUGUGGCGCUGCUGAAUCUCAUCUCAGCUCGCAUUCUUUUUGAAAUUUCUGGUGUUUAAUUAAUUGCUAUAUACGUGAUGAUGUAUCACGGUAUCAACCAUUACGGCUUUAGUUAAUAUAUCUAGGGUUCAAUGUUCCCUGAUCACAGUGACGAGACAGCCAGUGUCAACGGUAAAU